AUGCAGUUAGCUGUUCGACAAGAAGAUGCCGAUGUGCUUCUUAAGGAGAAGAAUCUUCUCACCGCUUCUGUUCUUGACAAGUACCGUACUGCUGGUCAAAUUGCCGAAAGUGGACUUAAGUAUCUCAUCGAGCUCAUCAAUUCCAGUUAUCACUUUCAAACUUUAGGUCGCCAAUUGAGCGUACAAGAGCUCUGUGUUAUGGGGGACUCCUAUAUUGCUGCAUUAUUGAACCGAGUAUAUGUUGAUAAAUCUCAAGUCAGAGAAAAGGGUAUCAGUCAUCCUACUGCUAUUGAAGUUAACCAAUUUACUGGUACUGGAUUCAGUCCUGAAGUUGAUGAUGUAAGACCAUUUAUGUUUCAAACUGGUGAUUUGGUUGCUAUUUCCUUAGGUGUUCAUAUUGACGGUUACACUGCCAAUGUUUCUCAUACUCUUGUGAUCUUCCCUCCAAAUCCUACCAAACCUGAUGGUCCACUUUUGGGUCCAAAGGCAGACUCUGUUAUUGCUGCCCAUAUUGCGGCUGAAACAGUGGUUGGCUUGAUGGCUUUAGCUAGUAAGCCUGAAAAGCUUCCUAAAGAGUUUUUGGGUACUGUUGCUACCUCAUCAUCCAAUACUACAAUCACUGGUCACACUAUAAGACAGACAGUAGAUGAAAUAGCUAGACAAUUUGGAUGUGUGGUUGUUCCUGGUAGUAAGGUAAGAAGAAUCAGAAGAUUUCUUGCGGGUCAAGCCGAGGGGAUUGUUGCCGAGAGAGAUUUCAAAGGUGUGGUUUGGGACGAACUGCAUCAAGAAGUUGAAUUAUUAACUCGUUACCGUAACCAGAACCUGAAAGAAUCUCAAGAGAUGACCAUUAUCUCUAAAAAGGAUAUUAAGGAAAUAGAAGCAUCGCAUAGUGCUAUCCCCACAGAUGAAUUUGUAGUGGCUAAAGGUGAAGCAUAUCAGGUGGAUAUCCGUAUGGUUAGUGUUGCUGAAUUCAAAAACGAAUUGGGUAUAGUUACAAUUGAAGAAGUUGACAAAUACACUGGUAAGAACCAUGCUAAGACUACUUUCAACAGUCAACCUACCAUAUAUGUUCGUGAUUAUGCUAUGCAUCACCAAUUAAAAUUGAAGACUUCCAGGCAAUUACUCGGUGCCAUCGACAAGAAGAUUGGUGUCUUCCCAUUCAAGCUUACUCAUUUGUGUGAUUCUUUCCCUCUUGAUAUUGAUGCUAACGGAAACGUUGAUGGUGAAAUCCUUCAACGUCUUGCUAAAGAAGUCACCCAACGUAAAUUGGGAGCCAAUGAAUUGUCAAACCGUCAUUUGAUUGAAUCCCGUCCAAUUCAAUUGGUUAAGUUUGUUCCUCUUAAACAAAUCUUGUUAUCCAGUAACCCAACUGGUCGUCAAGGUGUUGAUGCCAAUAAACCAGUUUUACCAGGAAUGGAAAUUCCUUUGCCUAACUUGGGUAUAAGCUCUUUGAAGUUGAAGCUGUUGGUCAAUAAGCAUGGUCGUAGUAUAACUGAAGGUGGGGUUGCCCGUGAAUUAAAGAGUAUUGUCAUUGGUGGUGGUGAAGAUUCUAAAAACGAUGCUGUUGAUGCUAUCAAGUUGACUGGUAACUACAAACCCAGCUGGAGUCACUCACAAUAUAAGCUUCAAGGUCCUUUGCAAUCUGCCAUUCAACAAUUGGACUUGUUGAUGAAAGACAAGAGAUUCGGUAUCUCUAUAAGACAAGUCAUGCCUUUGAGUAACUUAUUCAGUCAGAUUGACGUCAAGCAGGCUGGUGAUAUGAACAUUGAUAACUGA